UUUGCGGCUGCACUCAUGUUUAACUGUCUUCACUAGUACCUGUUUACAUCGCCAUCGCAACAUUAAAUGAAUGAAUGAACAAAUAUCUUUUUUAUUAAGCGCAUAAAGAUAAAGCAUUAACUCAUAACAUGCUACACUGAUUUGUCGCUGUUCAUUGUAAGUUACAGUGUUGUGUUUCCGAACUGUUGUCUUAACAUUCAGCAUCGAUUUGCUGCUGUUUUCGCAGACCCGUACCUUGAAAUACGUCACGUGCUGACAGCGAGGACGUCAAAGAAAUAACCAAAAUGUCUCUUUGACUUUGGCAUCCUGCAAACUGACUUUGGGGAUAUGGAAAGGUGUUGAUCCUGACCACAGCUAACUUACAGAAUGCUCAGGCAAGGUUGGAAGAGGUUGUGGUAUUCUUGGAGACCCUAUACUGGUUCAGUGCCUCCAAGCCUCAAAAAUGUGGACAUACCAACUCAGAAUGAGAGAAGCCUUCACACACCUGUUAUGGUCAAAGAGGUACUGCGGUGUUUGGACAUCCAACCAGGGCAGGUGGUUUUAGACUUGACCUUUGGGGCAGGAGGACACUCGAAGGCCAUUCUGCAAUCAGUGCCUGGUGUCACAGUGGUGGCUGCAGAUCGUGACCCCUUGGCCUUCCAACUGGCUCAGCAUUUAGCUCAAGAAUACCCGGGCCAGGUAAAGCCGGUGCUGGGAAGGUUCAGUGAGCUGCAUAAACUGCUCCCAUCACUGGAUGUGGAUGUUGCCCUUCUAGAUGCCGGUUGCUCAUCUAUGCAGAUGGACUUAGCAGAGAGAGGCUUUUCCCUUAGCAAGGACGGACCCCUAGACAUGAGGAUGGACGGAGACAGGUACCCCGACAUGCCCUGCGCGGCUGACGUGGUCAACGCCUUAGAUCAACAGGCGCUUGCGUCCCUGCUGGCCGCGUACGGGGAGGAGCGGCACACCAGGAAAAUUGCGGCAGCCAUCGCACAGGCACGCAGCGUCUACCCCAUCAGCCGGACUCUGCAACUGGCCAGCAUCGUAGCAGGAGCAUUUCCAGCCAGUGCACUGUAUGCCCGCCGUGACCGUCUGCAGAGACCUUCACACGUCGCCACCAAAACAUUCCAGGCCUUACGGAUAUUUGUAAACGAUGAGCUGAACGAGCUGCACACCGGCCUGCGUGUGGUGCAGUCCAUGCUCCGUCCCAAGGGGCGACUCUGUGUUCUCACCUUCCAUUCCUUAGAGGACCGGCUGACCAAACGCUUCCUACGUGGAGAGGACCUGGCCGCACCUCCGCGGCGCAGCAUUAGACAGCGAGCCAGAGCCGUGCGUGAAGCAGAGGUAGAGGAGCAUGAUGAGGAAGAAGAGGGUGAAGAAGAGGAGAAUGGACGAGAGAGUGUGCACUGGGUCAUUCCUCAGAAGAAAGUGAUGAAGCCAAGCGAAGAAGAGGUGCAGAAGAACCCGAGAGCACGAUCAGCUAAACUCAGAACAGCUAUAAGACGAUAGAGAACUUCUCAAAUCCUAUAGCCUGUAAACAGUUAAAUUAAUUCUUUAAAAACAAUUCAAGGGAAACUGCCUGGCUGAAUUCCUGUAUCUCUAAUAGGGAGUGCUCAAGGUUGAGUCCAUUACCUGCUGAGCCACUGUCUUCCAAUUACACCAAUAAAUAGACUUUACCACGUUGCUGGCUCUGUUACUUCAGCUCAUAGCCAAAACUCAGGAUCACUUCACACGUGGGUUCUUUCCAACUCUCACCUUUUCCCUACUAAUUUUGCUGCAUUGAUGACUAUAGAGCUGAAGUCCGACUGCGUCCUGUGAAGUUUCUAUUAUCAGCUAAAAUAAGCAAGUAUUCGUAACACGCUGUCCCUCCUCAGCAGCCAAACAAGAGGCCAAGGAUAUUUUAAAGUGUGGUACUGUAAAAUAAUUUUAAAUGUAUGGUAAAAGUUUGAUCUGAUUUGCAUCUCUACAUUAAGAGCAUGUGGGGUGCACGCAUGGCCGUUUAUAGACUCUGCAUGCAUGUUGGCAAUGCAGCAUGUGACAUAGAGGGAAAGAACGAGACGAAGAGAUUGCGUCGCUAUGCGGCGGCUUCUCUUCCUUUGUUGAGCUAGUGGGGGUGAGUCACACACCUGCAGGACUUGGGUGGGAUUCAGCUGCCAUGGUAAUACCGAGCGCCUUGUGUACUGUACUUCAGGCCCCUGAGUCGCUUCAGAUCUGAUUCAAAUAUCCAAACACCUCACCAGCAGUGUGGAACAGGAUGAAAAUAUUUUCUCUGAGCUCACAGCCUCUGAUUUUAACACCUCUUUAUAUUCGUUCACUCUGAAUGACAAUGUACAUGCUUACUGUACCGACUCCUAUACUGAAUAAACCGUUUCAAUCAAAUGGUCUUUACACAGUAAAAUAUAUUUCCCCUGUGCAGUUUAAAUGACAACAUGUUCGAGAACAUUUCUAACAAUAAAAAUAAUUAGUUUAGUUUUGUUUUAUUUCUUGACCCAGUCUGGAUAAACCUAGCUAAAAAGUCAUUUUUUGAUUUACUGUUUUCUACAUAAAAUAAUCCUAGAUAAUGUAAAGAAAAUUCGGUGAAAAUAAUUGAUAACAUUGAUAUCUUAAAUAUUGACUUAGACGAUGUUAAAGAUUAAAAUCUAUGUAAAAUCAAUGAUUGAAAUCCAACUUUGAUGCUUCUAAUCUCAUAAUUUGAUUGAGACUUUAACCUGGAUUUAGAAAUUAACUGUUAAACCCAAAAAACUUAGGACAAAGAAUUUAAUAAAAAAAAAUGUUUUACCAAAUAUGUUACAGGUAGGGGAGAGUGGGGUAAGUUGUCACACUUUUCACACUGUCUAACAUUUACUGAGCACCAUACAUCACAAUGGUAUAAAUCUCAUAAAAAAUGAAAAAAGCAAGUCUUGGGGCACAUAUGUUGUAUUCAUUACAUUUUCAUAUCUAAUCUCAUUAUGGGGUUGUGGACUAAUAAAUAGAGAAUGUUUUUUAUCUAAAAAAAAAACACCUCAACUUAAUUGUGAUUAUUGAUUUAUAAUUUUUACAUUCAAACCAGAACUGAAAAUAUUAACUCUAGGGCUUUUCACACUGCGCUUAUCUCUCGGUUAUCUUUGUUCUAAAUCCUGCUUUUAACCCUAGGUUAAGGAUCGUUUCACAUUUGUAAUUUAGAAGCGGGGUUAUCCCAGAAAUUAACCCAGGGUUAUGAAACCCUGCUAGCCCUGCUUUGGUUGGGUUAACCUUGCAUUGCGGUGCCAAACACAUGCAGUGUAAAGCAGGGUUUAAUGUUAUGACCCCAAUUAAAUACAGCUGAAGCAGCUAAUCAAGGUGUUUAGGGUUGCUUGAUAAUUACAGACAGGUGUAGGAGCAGGGUUUCAGACACCUGAUUAUGAAUACCCAGGGUUAUCUCUUAACCCCUGGUUAAGUACGAAAAUUCUGUUAAUCCAGGGGUUAAUAAUAUCCCAGGGUUUAGAAUAACCCGGGGUUAACUAUUUCCAGUGUGAAAAGCAUGUGACGACCUGCCCCAAAGUCAUUGAGACAACUUGCCCCAAACUGACAUGUGUGCUAAUGUUGGCUUAAUCUCAGAGUUAGCACAUCAGUUAAAGUAUCAAAAGACACCUUAUUGUCUCCUCUAUUUUGUGCAAAUAAUAAUUUGUAACAUUCAUACCUAACAAAGUUGUAUUGUAUAAAAUAUAAAGUGCACAUUUUUGACUUAUUGCUGGUUCACUGAUGACUAUUUUCCCAGAAACUGAUUUCCAGUAUGUGUUGUCUAAUUGUGGCCAUAAACACUCAUCUUACAGUAAAGUUACGAGUUGGGGGUUUAAAAUGCGCAGACUAUAGCCAGUGCUGCCUCCAACUGGUCAAGACUUAUAGAUCCGAAACAAAUUCGCAAAUGAAACAAGAAUUAAUUAUGUAUGUCCAUCUUCUGUCAGUUCCUAAUAAUCCUGCAGCUAAAGGGCUGUUAGAAAGAAUACUAUAAUACAGAAAAGAAGUGGUGGUUACUUUGAAUUAGUUUGUGUUAUACAGCCUGUCCUGAAUCGAUCUAAACUUCAAAUGCUUUUGAAUACUUUGCGACUCAAACGUGUCAAAAGUUUUACUCAUUUAAUUAUUAAUUGUGUGUGCAUCUAUCACCCCCCCCCCAAAUUUUCCAUCUCAAGAUCUCCCUCACGAUCUUAUUCCGUCAGCUCUAAAUAUACACCGCCCCGUCGUUACCGUGGAAACUAAACGGCACAUGUAACAUUGAACUUAAUGGUGUUUAAGCGUGUUUGCUGUUCUAAUAAUGGUGCGAUCAGCCAAAGACUCUGCUCUCUCUUGGACACUUUUGCCUCCUCUACUGCUGCUGACGUCACGCCGACACUCACAAGCUGCCUGCAUGCUAAUAUGUGUCAACUGUGAAGCCUUGAUCCUGCUGUGAGAUGAGAGAGUUGGAAAGAUAUCAUGUGAUGAUGAUCGGUAGAGUGAGGUUGAAGACAGCAGAUGAGGAAUUCAGAUUUUUAUGUAUUUCUAUUUCAAAUGGUUUUCACUCUCAGCUAUAAAGUUGUAAUCAUCAAAACUGAUAUAUAAAUAAAUGCGUUUCUUUC